AUACCUCAAGGGGAACAUCAUCCACGAAUUGCCUACUCAUCAGCUGAAACUAAUGAGAAAUCUGAAGGAGUUGUACUUGCAUUCCAAUUCCCUCGAGUAUCUACCAUCAGAAUUGAGUGAUCUCAGUUCUCUGGAAAUUCUCAACGUGGCUUGUAACCGGUUGACUUCCCUACCUGCAAGCAUUGGGAAGUUAGCAAAUCUCAGGAGCAUCGAUUUCACACAAAACAAAAUCUCACGUCUACCGCAUGGGAUGUGGGAAGCCCCCAAUUUGGGGAAAGUGGUAGGAGCAAGCAACGAGCUAUUGACUCUCUCUUCCUCCAUCAUCCACUGCCAAAGUCUUCACACACUCAUCCUGGACAGGAAUCUUCUCAUGGAGCUUCCUCUCCAGCUUACACAGUUGCCCAACCUCACCUACCUCUCAGUGUGUGGAAACAGACUUACAACACUGCCAUCUGAUUUUUCAGCUCUCACAAAGCUAAAGGUAGUGUAUGCAGAUGGGAACCCAUGUCUCUACUCCAUUCCCGCCUCCCUGGCUGGAAUAGAAUCUCUCGGAGUACAGGGCUGCAAUGUAUCAUUCAGUCAUCAUGCAACCAUGGGAGAAGAUGGGGAAGAGGAAGAGGAAGAAAAUAGGGGAGGUUGUUGCGUGUUAAAAAUAAGAGCACCUCGUGAGCCUGUGCCCCCACUAAUGGAACUUGCAGCAAAAAUGCUUCAUGAGAACCUGAGAGGGAUGUCUCCCCAGCUGCCUUGGUCUUUCCACUCUGUAUUUCCUUACAUCCCGACGUCCCUCUUACCGUGGUUAGUACCCAGAGGUCGCUGUGUCUCUCCCUCGUGCACUCGUCCAGUCUUCUUCAGUCACCACUACAGCUAUCUGGUCCCUGGACUCACCUUCCAAAGACUAACUAUUCUGUCUGAGGCCGGCUACAGCGACCGUCUUCCCAGUGAUUUGUCUGUUUGCCUCGAUUUCUGCAGCCAGCACUGUGCUCAUACUGUACUUUCACUCCUGAAAACCUAACAAUUAAAACACAUGAGCAAGUGUGAAUACAAAUCGCAUAGUCAUAAACACCACUCUCGCGCGUGCGCACAAAGAAACUG